AGCGCCGGCUCAACUUGAAUGUACAGAUAACUAACGAAGAAUAUAGAAAUUAACGAGUUGGCCUGUCUCUCAAACUCAAAGGGAAAUAAGCGGUGUGCAUGCGCCUUGUUUUCUGAUCACCAUGUAAAGGAGACACCUUACCGAGAGCUCCCGGGAAGAGUUUGAAAGCCACCAAGGAGUUACGAUGUCUUCAUUGGCCAGGCUUCAUAGAGGACAGUGUGGAAGACCUUUAGUAGCUAAAAGCAGUAAACCAUAUAAACCUUUUCUGCCGACUUCUUAUUCUCCCCAAGAGGGCUACUUAAAGGAGGGUGAAGACAUGCUAAGCAUUGAAGAGUUAUGGCAGAAUGUAGCUGAUUGUUCCAAAGGGCACGAAGACAAGCACCAGCGAGACCAGCACUCUCAGUUAGGGAAUAUGCUACCAUCAUAGGUCACCGGUUGCAGGAUCACGGCCUUGUGGUGGAAAUGAUUCACCUCUCCUCCGAGUCGGGUCUCAGUCGUGCGCUCCAGGAAGUUAAAGAUGAUGGCUCUCCGUUCUGUAUUCUUGUUGAACAGUCUAAUGUAAAACUUUCCUCUUGCACCGUAAUUAUGCUUCACGAGUCUGUCAAAAUACAUCGUCACAUGCCCCUGGAGAACGCCCUCGUGCUGGUGGCUAAAGAAUACAGGAGACUAUUUGCAAAACGGGAGCAGCAGGAGCGGGCUGGGGCGGCCCUGAGGGCCUGUGAUCUGGUGGAUGACUUCCUGGCCCGGGAGUGCCUGCCCCGCUACUCUGUCCCGCUGGGCAUUCGGCAUCUUCUCUUCCUCGUGAAUGAGGGGCGACAUCUGUAUCGGAAUGAGCUGGACCUGCUCAUCAACUACCUGAAGACCAGGAAAGGACAGCCGGCAGGCUCUGAGACACUGAGUCCUGUGGCUAGCAGUGGUCAUGCCUCACUGCAAGUCAGGAGUACCCCCAUGGUGGGCAAGCCGCCUCCACUCCUUCCAAACCCGGGCAGGCGAAACUUCCUUGGGCCUCCUCCCUCCUCUCCUGCCAAGAUUCCUUUGCUGGGCGCUCGGCCAGCGGGAGGUCUCCUUCCACCACCAGGUCCGGUCAACACCAAAGGCCUGUUUCCCCCACCCUUGCUUCUGGCAGCCCCUUCCAAAAGGCCUGCUCUUUUGGGGAGCCUCCCCCAUAAGCCUGUGAAGCGCCCACUGCUUGGGGAGAAACCAGGCCUAUUAGCACCACCACCAGCUCUUGUGCAGUCCAGGCUGCACAAGCUCACGGCUCAGCCUGCAUCUUUGUUGGACUAAAGAAAGCUCUGCCGUGCCAGGAGAACGAGGUGCUCCCCAGAAGGCAGCUCCCCGGAUGUGGCUCCACCCUCUUCUUCCAUGGACGGAGGCCUCUGCCUGGCCUGCGAGCCCAGUGUCCAGCCAGCGGCACCCUCUGACCCAUCCAUGGGCCUUUGGAAACUUUUUCAUGUUUGGAGUCUUUUUGUACCAAGUUAGACAUGUGUGGAAGGUCGCUGUAGACAUUGGGUCUUGACGUUGUUCAAUUGCAUGUAUUUUAAAAUACAAAAAAAAAAACAAAAAAAAACCCUUCUAGCUUUUAGCUACUGGUUGCCCCCUUUUAAGGUGUGUGUGUGUGUGUGUGUGUGUGUGUGUGCACGCGCGUGAGCGUUUCCAUUUUGGAAUAAUUUUUGAUUUACAGAAAAUGAGCAAAGAUAGCCCAGGAAGCCCUUCAAUAUUGGGAACCUAAUGUUCGCUUGGUAGUGACCAGGCCUCAGUGCCAGGAGUUAGCCGCUCCAUGAGCUCUGUGUAGACGUCACCCGUGCACACCAGUUUUCCCUUGAGCGUUGUCUUUCUGCUUCAGGACCUUACUCUGGUACCUGAGUACCCAGAGUUGCAUUUAAUUUAUUUUAACUUUAUGAUGUAGCUGUUUUUUUAUUAUGGAAUAUUGUCAAUAUACAGAAAAUUUGAAUGAAUAGUGCAUUCAACAGUUGUUAA